AGUUGUUUCCUGUUUCCGGCUGAGUUGCUCGGUUUGAAGCAGUGGGAGUGUAAAGAUGGUUGCCACUCUAACCAAGGCAAAUCUGGAUCGAUUUAGAAGUUUCUGCUUUUUAUGUCCAAUGUUUCAUUUUAAAAACGCCCGUGAAUUAGCAUGUUUGUUUGUCACCCUUUGUGUUUUGACGAGCCGGUCGUUGGCAGACGACCAGGACUUUGCAGAGGAGUUUUUGAAGCGGGAAUAUUCUCUGGCGAAGCCGUACCGAGGGCUGGGUUUCUCCAGUUCUUCACAGUGGGACCUGAUGGGCACUGCCAUGGUUACACCUGACCACGUGAGGCUGACUCCAGACCUGCCGAGCAGACAGGGAGCAGUGUGGAGUCGAAUCCCUUUCUUCGAGCGAGACUGGGAGCUUAAGGUGCACUUUAAAAUCCAAGGCCAGGGGAAGAAGCAUUUGAAUGGGGAUGGCAUGGCUAUCUGGUUAACCAAAGAUCGCAUGCAGAAUGGUCCUGUGUUCGGCAACAUGGACCAGUUCAUUGGACUUGGAAUAUUUGUGGACACUUACCCCAAUGCUGACAAGACCCAUGAUAGGACUUUCCCGUAUGUGUCAGUGAUGCUGGGGAACGGGACUCUGUCAUACGACCACGACUCUGAUGGACGGCACACUGAAGUCGGAGGAUGUACGGCUAUGACGCGCAACGCAAUCUACGACACGUUUCUCCUCGUCAGAUACGUCAAAAACAGACUAACGCUCGUGGUGGACGUAGACGGCCAGCAGGAAUGGAAAGAAUGUGCCGACAUCACAGGACUACGGCUACCUACCGGCUACUUCUUUGGUGCCUCCUCCGCCACUGGAGACCUGUCAGAUAACCAUGACAUCAUCUCCAUGAAGUUGUACCAGCUGACAGUAGAGAGGACUCCUGAAGAGGAGGAGGAAGAACAGGAGGAGGUGACCCUCCCCAGAGUUGACGACAUGGAACAGUUCCACGUGGAAGUCCAGGAGGAGGGGAUGAGCAGAGUCCAGUUCUUCGUCACCCUCCUCUUCUCCAUCAUGGGCCUGGGCGUGCUGGCAGUGGUAGGGCUGGCCCUUUACGGGCGCUGGAAGGAAAACAGACGCAAACGUUUCUAUUGAUCAGAGAUCAACUGUUCCACAAUAGGGUUUUUCAGAAUGUAUGUUUCUUAAUCAGCAUACAUAACUACAAUGCAAAGACUGCCAUAGCUUUACUGAAUGAACAAACUCCUGAGUCUGAAGCCCAGAGCCAAGAGAACACAAACAGCUGAGAUGAACAGGUGAGCCAGCUGUGAAAUAUUCUUUGCGUGUUUGUGUGUGUGUGUGUGCGUGUUUGUGUGUUAUGGAAGGUAGAUGAGAUAAAAGCUGCUUUAGUGUAAUUUCUUAUGUUAAAAUACGUUCAUCUCAACUGAAACUGCAAUAUCUGCACUAACUGAGACACUGUAGUUUUAAAAUAAUCGCCCAUAUGAGUUUCUGGUGUCCCGUUGUGGUCACUUCUUCACCAACAGGAAAAACCUCAGAAUCAAUUUCAAAAUCACGGAUGCUGUGUGUCGUUUACUGACAUCCUGUUACAGGAUGUUGUGGCACUGCAGUUCAAAAUGUAGUUACCUCUUACUGCCACUUGGUGCUGCCACCGUGCAGCUUUAAUGGGACUCGGAGCAGCUGUGAAGACCAAUCAACCUGUGGAUCAUUGUGCACCUCUUCUUGCUGCCCUGAAAGAGUCAAAUUGUAUUGAGCUCCCAUUUAUUUGAAUGCACCUUUUAUAAGCCAGGGAAACAUUUACAUCAGCUGUUAUGGAUUGAUGUUAGCCGUUUGUAAAUGUCUGGUUAACGAAACAUAGUGCUCUAUGUUGUACGUUAAAGGAAGUGGUUUGAGUUCCCCGUGAUGUAUGAAGUGCCUAGAUAGGAUUAAUGAAGACAAGCUCUUUCUUUAUGUUACAGUCCUUUCUGCAGGUUUGAGCUUCCUUUUUUAUGUUCUGUUUGACAUAACUAGUCAUCACUAGUUAUUUGGCUUCAUUUACUUUCUGAAGUUGCAAACAUGUCUCAGUUAUGACAAGUUGAUGUAAAGGUUUAUCCCAAAAUCUGUUUGUCACCGUUGUGCACCAUAUAUCAUUUUCAGCAUCAGUUCUCAUGUUAACAAAAUCAAACUUUUUCUGCGGCACUGAUCAGACCUGUUAAUAGGAACAUUUUGUUAUUUUAUCAACUAAAUCAUUUGUGAUCAAUGUUACUUUAGACUUAUCAUGCACUGUGUUUUUUUAAUAGCCAUAAGUAUCAUGUAGUGAAAUGUGAGUUUUGAGUAAAUGUGAAUACAUGUGAAUAUGAAUAUUGUUUACUGUUUAGUUGAAAUAUAACUGACUACCAUACCCCCUGGUGUCUAGUGGAUGCGGCUGUGGCUGUUCUAGCUGGUAAAUGGUAAAUGGUAAAUGGACUUGCAUUUAUAUAGUGCUUUUCUAGUCUUCCGACCACUCAACCACUCGACCACUCUUGGCUGGUGUGCCAACAUCCAUCAGACUGGUGACCACUCUGGUCUCCACUCCACCACCUUUGUGCUGCCAGUCUAUAUUUACAGAAGCAAUUAUGUGUGAAAUUCACUUUUUAAUAUAAAUGUCUAUAAUUAAUGUCAUAUUUAAAGCGUAACUCACCACUAAAUCCACUUUCUUGAGUCAGUAAAUGACAUGUACUGUCAUUUUAUUACACCGUCUAUAGAUCCUGGUGAUCCUGACUAGGUCAAAACCGAGUAUAUAUCUGGACCGUGUACGGUCAGUAUGUGAAUUUGUGACUAAAUUGUUACACAAAUAGUCAGUGGACAUGUCUAUAAUGUUAAAUCCAGCGGUACAUGUCCACCAGGUCCGGCGAGGACACUAAGGGACGCACUGCUCCACUCAACUGGUUCAAGUGGUGACGUAUCCUGUUGUUGAAUGCACCUGGUUGGUCCCUGGUUUUCAAACAGGAAACAACAUGACGACCUGCUCGUAAACUUUCUGUUAUUCCGUCUAAACAAUCCACCAAAAUCUAUCUAUCUCUGAAAACAAUAUUUAACAAUAUUGUAACACAUUUAGGCUGGAUGUCUGAAGUGUGAUAGAGAGGUGACACACCGCCGCAUCCAUUGGACACAAGGGAACAUUCAAAUAGGCCUUUUUCACAGCAGACAUUUGGACUUGUCAUAGGAGGAAAUGUGUUAGUAUUAACAUUAACGAUAGCUCCGUUCUAUUCAAGUGUCCCAGUAAGCCAUGGCAGUUAGCCAGCAUGAACAAUAGUAGACCCCUGAAACUGAAUUCAGAAAUCAUUCAUUUUAUUGCCAACUCCUGUGCUUUUCUACUGUCACGUCUUCAGUGAACAGGCCCAUCUAAAAUCUAAAAUCAGGGCCUGUAGUCAUUAAAGGGGAAUUCCACAUAAAUUGGUGGGUUUUCACUGCAAAAAAAUACAUUCAUUGAGGCAUUUUAGACAAUGAAAUGUUAAAAUUCAGUCCAAUUCAAAAGCCCAAAAUGCACAACCCCAUUUUACGAAAAACUACUGUCAAAUUUGAUCUGUGUAUUAGAUGUUCUUUUAGUUGUGGUAUGUAGUCUCCUCUAAUUGUCUAUCUAGGUGCUUUUUUUUCUUUACUGUAUGUCAAGCUGUUUGUUGUAAUCACCCAUCCACCAGUUAUUAUUGGUUAGUUAAUUAUUUAAAUAAUAAGGUUAAGCCAAUUUUUGUUUUAAAUUUCUAAUCAAAACCCUUGUCUGAAAAAAUGUGAGUGAAGAGCAUAUGUUCAUGCUCCAGUGUCUGAUUUUUGUUUUUUCCAGUAAAGGUUUCUGUUGUGGUAUCGCUCA